AUGGCUGAUAUCAAUGAUCGAUCCCGUAUUUCGGUGUCUCCAUUUGGAGACCCAAUUCCUGUCAACACUGCAGAGUUUCGAGCAGUAACCCAUGAGCCAACAAUGUCUGACGACGACAUAAUCAUGUCGGAUCCGUCGGCGAUCUUCAUCACUUCGCCCAUGCGGGUCGUCAUUGACCUCACUUGCGACGAUGAGACCGAUCAAGCCAUUGAAGAAUUGACCUCUGACAUGGCACACGUUACGGCUCCAUCUGCCAUCCCCGGUGACGACUCAGCAAGUGGCCGGUCUUCCGGCAACUCAUCUGUCAUCAGCAACCAGUCCCCCGGCUGCAGCCCAACGCCAGAGACGACGCAGCAAGAAAUAAACAUUGGGGGUAUUGUGUUCAAAGCCGGAAUAUCUCUGGAGUUUGAUGAUGGGUCCUUCAUGCGUGUCGAGGACGUGAUUCCUCAGCCUCAUGACCUGCGCUUUUUCGGCCGGCGUCUUUACCGCACAACUCACCCCGAAGCCAAGACAUAUCUGCCAAAAAUGAACGACGAACUGGUCUGGCUCACUCAGAACACCGACCACGUGAGCAUUAAGAAAGUCAAGCGGGUUGUGCCCAUUUGCUUCACCAACUUUCGGACCGACUUUAACACACCGGGAGAUGAACUGACUUGCCGACUGAAGCUCACGAUUCGCCAGACCGGAGUUGUGAUCAUCCCUGGUAAUGCACCUUUGAGUGCAGAGCAGUGUGCCAUUGAAUGGCUGACCUUCUCUGAAUCAGACCCAGGACAUGGCAAGCCCGCAAACCUGCUGCGAGAUGAAUGGAGAGGCCAGACUGUGCCUUUCGGUGAGGCUAGUGCAUCUUCCUUGGCCAUGGAUCUUGAACGACAAGGCGUGAUCGAUCUGACUACCCCUGACCGUGCGUAUACCUUUGGUGACGCGUACUGUGGUGCUGGUGGUGUGUCUUGCGGGGCCCAACAGGCCGACGUGAAGCUCCAAUGGGCCGUUGAUAUUGACAAGCAUGCACUGGAAACAUAUCAGCUGAAUUUCAACGACGUAGAGGUCGAGCAUUCCGAUUUCUUCAGUUUUCUUACCAACGAUCCACAAUUCCUGCGAGUCGAUAUUGCACACUGCUCACCCCCUUGCCAAACCUGGUCUCCUGCUCAUACUGUGCCCUGUCCUCGCGAUGACGCCAACUCGGCGUGUGUAUUUUCGGCUGGAAGUUUGAUUCGAGAGUCACGGCCCCGGGUGUUGACUAUGGAGGAAACCAUGGGUUUGCCGCAGCGAUUCCCCGUUAUCUUUAACCGAGUUGUACUGGACAUGGUCGAGUUUGGAUAUUCUGUUCGCUGGUCAGUGCUGGGGUGUGACGAAUAUGGUGUGCCUCAAGAGCGGAAGAGACUGCUUCUUAUUGCUGCAGGACCCGGUGAAGUUCUUCCACAUUAUGCCCAACCCACUCAUGGUAUGCCUGGUCACGGUUUACUUCCCAGGGAGACUAUUUCAUCCACUAUUGACAACAUCCCUCCCGAUGCCGACGACCACAACGUCGAAGGGGCCCUGGCGCGGUGGGCUCUGAGCCAUCGGCCCUCUUUUGAUCGCAACUCUCUGGCUAGGACCAUUACUUGCGGGGGCGGUGAAUACAACUACCACCCCUCGGGCACCCGGCCCUAUACAAAUCGUGAGAUGGCGCUCUUGCAGACAUUCCCUCUGGACUUCCAGUUUACUGGGAGAUUCAUGCGCAAGCAAAUUGGGAAUGCCGUGCCCCCGCUCUUCGCCAAAGCUAUCUACGGAGAGAUCGUCAAGUCUCUGCGUCAGACUGAUACAGAGGAAGCCAUGGGAAUCUUCCAUUGA